UGUAGUUGAUUUAGUGAAAUACCUUUCUCUGAUAUAUAACAUUGAAAUAAAUUUAGAUGAUCAACUUAUUUGGAAUUAUCUUUAUUUUUAGGAGAAUAUUUACACAUUGGGAUAUUAUGAAAGAUUGGAAUAAACAUGUUACAAAUAAUAUGACUACCAUUGAUUGAAAUGUAUAUUCAUAGAUGUUUAAUCAAUGUAAUUGUUAUGACACUGUUAAGUGUAAAUGCUCAAAAUGAAUUGAAUCAAAUUGAUUCACCUACCAUUAUUGAUAGUUUAACAUUUCCUUUAAUAAUAGAUGAUAUAGAUGUAGAAAAUAAACCAUUAAAGUUUCCUAUCAAAGAACAAAUAACACCAAAAAAUGUAUAUCAUACAGAAUCAAUUUCUGUGAAAAGAAGAAAUUCCAAUCAAUCAAUUGAUAAAUCUAAAUAUUUUGACAAAUCAACUGUUGGAAAUGAAUUUAAUUAUUCAAUUUUUGAUGUUGGUGAAUCAUUAUGUCCAGAUGUUUAUUGUUAUGCAAAGCGUUUAUCUCCUACAGAUGAAUUAACAUUUGAUUGUAAAAGUCAAUCGUUUGAAGUUACUAAUGAAGAUACAAUGAUUGAUUGCCAUUAUUGGCAUGUACCGUCACCAGGUGCAGAUUCUAAUCAACAGCGUCAAUCUAAACAGCAUGGAAAAGGGUAUGAUUUACGGAUUGUGUUAAAACCAUCCACAAUAAGCGCUGAUGAUUUAUCUUCAAAGUCAAAUAGUGCUUCAAGAUUACGAAUUAGUCAUUUAAAACCAGGAGUAUUAAAUUGGAUUAUUGAAACAGUUCGACUAAGUUUGAAAAUGCCUUUAAGUCCUGUUCAUUUGACAAUUUCAUUUAUUUAUUUCAAACGUCUUGGACGAGACGAUUUAGGCAAUCUAGCAACAAAAUCACGUGUAACACACUUAAGUUUAUGGAACCCUUUCAAUUGGGAUGAAGAUAGUUUUAUACCUAAUACAAAUAAAACAUCGGAAUCAUCAAAUAAUGCAGGUUAUUUAGUCGAAGGUCCGCCUUAUUUUCGUCUUUCUUUGUUUUGUGACUAUGAAAAUCAAAACCCUUCGUUUAGACGUUUAUGGUUCCCAUGGAAAAGUUGGCAACUACGUCUUACUCACUGUCCCGAUCUCUAUAUUUGUUGGCACUGGCGCAGUAAAUAUCCUAUUUGUGAUGUAAAACAAUCGAUUGACAACCCUGAGAAACUGUUGAAGUCCUUCAUACCAUCUUAUUUGAUCUCACCUAAGUCAUUAAUCAAUUCACCCCAGUCAGUAAAACAAGAGACUGGUAUGCAAAUAUUAUAUGAUAACCAAUGUUUAAGUAAUCCCAAUCAAACAAAUCUUAUUAGAGAUUUAAAAAUGAACUAUCCUAGUCAAUGUUUACAAUCAUAUAAUGAUAAACCGGUAACAGAUAUUCAGGCAAGUAAGACUAUUUUACAACAGACAACAGAAAUACAAACUACAACUACAUCAAUGGCUAUAAUACCUACAACUAUAAACACAACAACAACAACAGCGACAAUAGUAAACAGUACUCCUAGAACGUCGUUAACGACAACAACUAUUACCACACCAUUAAUGACGACAUCUAUACGACCCACUAUUACUUCACUGUCUACGACUUCGACUUCUACUACUACUGGAAAUCAAACAAAUCUCAUGAUAAAACUAAACAAAACUACAAACCUCAUAAAAUCAAUAUUAAAAAUGAAUACUACCAAAAUGUAUCCAAUUGAUUAUUCAAUGAAUCAAUCAAAUAUUUGGUCACCUAAUCAUAAAGAAAUGAAUAUUUUAGAUCAAAAAUCAAAUUAUAAUAAAACCAUUUCAAUUGUAUUCAAUCAAGAUAAAGAUGGUAUAUCAAUGGAAUAUUUAACAAAUGGAUUAAUUCUAUUAGCUAUAUUAAAUAUUAUAUUAAUUAUUUGUUUUAUUAUAUUAGUAUUAUGGAUACGGAAAAGAAUUCGAAAACAUUCAAAAAAUCAAUUUUAUCAAGAUUAUAUGACUGGUCGUCAUAGUAACUAUACAGCGAAUAAUGAUAAUAAUUAUCCAUUAUUAAUAUCAACUAGAUCAGGUUCAUAUUUAUUUGGAUCUCAACUGAAAUUAAAUCAACGUCAUAAUUCAUUUCCUAAUAAUUCUUCUUCAUUUAAUUCACAAUAUUUUAAUACAUUUUUACCAAUAUCUACUUAUAAAACUACUAAUAAUAAUCAUAGUCAACAAUUUUUAUUAAAUCGAUCAAUAUCAUAUUCAAGUAGUAUGUGGAAUGGAUCGUUAAGGAAUGGCUUAAACAAUAAUCAUAAUAAUAAUAAUAAUAGUAAUAAUAGUAAUGGUUAUCAUAAUGGAAGAGUAUCAUUAGCUAAUAGAUUAGAUUUACAAAAUAGUAAACGUAAUUUAAACGAUUCAUUAAAUGGUCUUUCAAUUGAAUCUAAUCAACAACUAACAUCAAUUCCAUAUAGAAAUCGAAAGAAUCAUCAAUUAAUCAAUCUUCCAUUACUUUAUCAUGAUAAAGAAAUAAAAAAAUCAUCUUCACAAACAUUAAUUCCACCAUUCGUUUCAUCAUCAUUAUCAUCUUCAUCAACUGCUGUGAAUACAACAGAAAUGAAUGAACAUAAAGAAAGAGAAUAUAAAUAUAUGUAUAAUUCAAGAAAUCGUCUUUCUAGUAGACAAUCAUCACCAGCACCAUUACGUGAAAUAAAAAAAUCACCAGUUAUUAAUUAUCGUAGAAAUAAAAGAAAAUUAGGUCAUGGUAGACCACCAUUAGCUUGUUCUGUCAGAAAACCACAUACAUUAGUUAUUGAAGAUAACAGUCAAUGGUCAGAAGAUUUUAAAACAUCUUUACAUGAAUUAUAAUGAAUAAUGUCUGUAGAUAAUAUUGUAUACAUUCAUGUCUCUGAAUAUAAAAGUUAGUGGGGCUGGGAUGCAUUGGAAUAGUUAGAUUAUCUGGUCAUUUUGUCGCUGAGUCUUCGUUCCGUUCACAGAUUUAAACGAUCUCGUAAUAUUUUCAAAUAUCACAAGAACAUCUGGAUAUAUCUUGUUGAAUAUGAACAAACGCAAUCAUUCAAAUCUAUUGCAUAAUAUCGUGUAAACAGUCAACAGCAAAACAAAAUUUUUAGUUCAUUUAAACCAACACAUCUAUGAAAAAUACGAAUCAUGAAUACACUUUUUCUCUUUUUUUCUCUCUCUUUUACUUAUCACCUUACAACAACAACGAAAGAAGAAACAAAUUAAAUAUUUCGUGAGACUAUAAUUUAUAAACGAAUCAAUCACACAUCAGAUAACAGGUCUCAGAUUUUGGCGCGAAAUUUAUUUUUCCAUUUGACUAAAUAGAGUUUCAGCAUUAUAACUGAUGUCAGUUUGUGAUGAAAACCUUAAAUCUAAAUUUCUAAUCCUAACCAUCAAUUAUAAAUCAUAAUUCGAAUUCUUUACACUAAUUUAUAACCACCAUCAUUUGGUCUUAGUUAUCACAUGGACAUUCUCAAAGUUAGUCAAUCAUCGUUCAAAGGAUUUCCAUAUUCUUCAUAUUCUUAUGAAUAAAAUAAAACUCUAAAUUUAUUUCUAUUUUUUUGUUUUCUUUAAGAAAAAAGAAAGAGAAAAGAAUAAAAGAGAAAAGAAUAAAAAAAGCAAAAAGAAAACAAGAAAAAAGAAAAGAAUUUUAUGUUUACAUUGAUGAUAUAACUUUCAAAUGAUUAUUAUUUUGAAAGAAAAACAAACAAAUAAACAAUGAAUUAUAAGUAUUCAUUAGUUCAAUUUAAAUAUGUAUCCAUAAUGAAUGACCUUGAGAAAUUAGAAAUAUUUAAAAUUUGAAUUUAUUAUUAGUUUAAUUAUUUCAAAUUUUGUUUAAGUUUUAUUUUCAAUUUUCAUUAUUGUAUAUUAUAAUUCUUUAAAUUAUGAGAUUGCUUUAUACCUUUCUUUCUUUACUAUCUAUCUAUCUAUCCUUAUAUACAAUCAUUCAUUUAUAUAUUACUAUGAUCAUUGAAGUAACUAUUUCUAUGAAUUCGAUGUUUAUCUUAUUUGUAUUAAUGAAGUAAUGAGGUAACUUGGAUCAAUGGAUAUAUGUGCUUGAUCCUAUAUUGUAAUUGAUUGACUGUAUAUUUAUGUAUAAGGAGAGAAAGAGAGGCGGGGGGAGGGAGAAACAAGAACAAUCAACAUUAGUUGGUGUUUAUGUUUUUUCUUUUAACUAGUAUAUAUAUAUAUAUAUAUGUGUAUUUUCUCAUUAUGAUAUAAGUUGGAAUAAAUGUUUACAAGUUAUGGGAAUGAUAAAAGCAUGAAACUAAAGUUUUAGGAGUUUUCUCCUUACCCCCCCCCUUGCUCCUUAUUUUAAAGAAAAAUGUAUUUAAGAAACAUUGAAUUUUGACUUAAACAAACUGAUGAUUGUUUAUUUAAUUGGAAGAAUUAAAGUUAGUUUAUAAUGAAUGUAAUAUACUUUGAA